UUGCUGACUGAUGCAGAGGGCAGACGAAAUUUCAUAAAUAUUUGUAUUUUUAUGAGAGAUCUGAUAAGUUGCUGGCUAUUGUGCACACCUGGAUGAUGAUCUAAUAGAAACCAGACAAGCCAACCACAUAAGAUGUCUGCUGAUACAUUUGCAGUUGACUCUAUCCUUGAUACAGCUAAGAAUCUACAGCAAGCUAAAAGCCAGCUUGAACAGCAGCUGAAUGCAUUGAGGAAGCAGAGAAGACAGUUAGAUGUGACACAUGGACAAGUUUCAAGCAAGCAUGCCCAGGCAAUGGACACUAACAACAAAAUGAAGGAGACACUAAAGGUUGCUCAACAUAAGGUAUCUCAGACACAGUCACAGGCUGAAAGUCUAGAACAGCUGAGUGCCAAUAGGAGGUCCAAGCUCCAAGAGUUGAAUGACAAGAUUGAUGAGUGCACUAAAAAUCAAGACAAUUACAUUAAGAACUAUGAGAGCCAACUCUCCAGGCUAACUGAGUGCUUCUCUGGUGCUCAACUCGUAUAUGCCCCAGAGAAUGUUGCAUCAGAGAUUCUCAACACAGAAGAAGCAACUGGAGAAAAGUCAGCUGAUGCUGGAAAGAAAAAUGAGGAAUUGAUUAAAGUCCUGGCUAAUGUGGAUGAACUGAAGAACAGCCUAGAGGCUAAACCAAAACCGGAGAUAUCUGCUCUUAUUCAAAGAUAUAUCAUAAACUCCCUUGAGAGCGAACAUGAUAGUCUGAAUAACAAAGUGACAUCGUAUGCAACACAGUUGAACAUUACCAACCAGUCUAUAGACAAAUUGAAACAAUGGAAACCACCAAAUGAUGAGGUGUAUGGGCUACCUAAUGUUAGCUGCUAGGCUUGUUAUCUCAAACUGUAUAAUAACAAGUCUAUAGACAAUAUGAGACAAUGAAAACCACCAAAGAGGUGUAUUGACUACCUAAUGUUAGCUGCUAGACUUGUUAUUUCAAACUGCAGAACAAUUUGUGUAAGUCCAUAGACAAUAUGAGACAAUGGAAAACAACAAUGAAUAGAUGUGUCCUGCUAUCAUAUCUAUGAAGACCUAAUUCGAGACAGUUUUUAUCUAGUUUACUGGUAAAUAGAAUUAGAAAUGUUAGUUUUCUUGGUUUUGAUAUUUCAUUUAUGAAGCAGUUGUAAAGUGGUUCUUACUACUGUAGCAAAACGUAUCAGAGUAUUUAGGGCAGUUACAUGUAUAAAUUAAAAUAAUUGUUUAAAUAUAAUUUAUUUAAUCUAUAGAUAUUCAUUUUGUUUCACUUUUUAAAAAAAUGUUUUUAUUAUGACAAUUUACAUAUCUGACAUGUUUUUAUUGUGACAAUAUUCACAAUUACUUUUUCAUGCCUAAGAAAUCCAUGAUAUCUUGGCAUGUUUGGUCUCCUCAAUUAAAUAUCCUAUUGUAUUGUCAUACAGGUACUGUACUGUACAAUGUAAAAUUCAGUGAUCUCCCCAAUUAAAUCCUCACACACACUUGAAAUUGAGAA